GCAAAACGGGGAUAUUCCCGUAUUCCAGUGUGGGAUUCUUAUCCCAAUGGCUACGAGGGGGCGUGAUGUGGAGGGACGGGGACUCGAACCCGCGGCGAUAGCGACCGCUCCUCCAACCGGCGAGAGGCGCGGGAAGAGCGGCGGCGCUCGCGCCCCCAAACCAUCGAGAGGGGAGGGAGAUAGAGCGGCUCCGCCCUCGCGCGCCCGCGCCCUCAGCGCCCCCGCGCGGGCGAGCGCGGCGGCGGCGGUUCCCAUGGAGAUGGAAGAUGGCGCCAAGGGGCCGCCAUCGCUCUUCGGCUCCGCUGCAGGUCCUGCUCUUCCUCAACGGCUGGUACUGCGCCACAUAUUUUCUCCUAGAAGCGUUCGUGUUCGUGUACAAAGUGCUGCUCCUGCCCUAUCCCGUCUCCAACUUGGUGCUGGACAUAGUGCUGCUCCUCCUCUACCUCGGCAUUGAGGCCACACGCAUCUUCUUCGGCUCCAAGGGGAACCUGUGCCAGCGGAAGGUUCCGCUGUCCCUCAGCCUGGCACUUACAGUGCCGGCAGCUGUGCUGGCCGUGUACUACCUGCUGCUCCAGACAUAUUCCCUGCGCCUGGAAGCGUUCCUGAGUGCCAUCCUGCUCCUCUUCUACGGCCUGGAGCUGCUCCUGGGCUUCCUGGCACUGCUGUCCUUCUCCAGCACGGAUCCCUACUGACGGCACAGCCCAGGGACACAGGGAAGCAUCACCUGUGCCAGCUCCACUUUCCAACCCUGGGAAGGGGGAUGAUCCCACUUUUCCCACCUGCUGCCACCUGGACAUAUCCCUUCCACGUUUGUUGCUUCUACAUGGACAUAUCUCCCAUUUUUCCUGCUCCCCUCUUCACCAGAGACCUGCUGCCACAGGGAUUCGUCCCUCCCUUUUCCCACUUCCCACUUCACUCACUACUCCCUGGACACAUCCCUCCCACCUUUCCCACUCUACACUCCACUGGGACUCCUCAGAGCCUGAGCCAGCUCAAGGUAUGAAGAAUCCUUUUUUUUUUUUCUAUGACUUUCCAGAAUAAUUCACUAUUUUCCAAUAAAUAUUUAUUUUUACCCAGA